GGGUGGAGGAUCCAGAAAUGUGAUUAGAAACGUGGAGUCAGUAAAUAAAGUUACCAAACAGAAGAUGGGACUCCAGUCUGUUUUAUGAGUGAAGUGUUUGCACUACUUUGUGUUGCUUUAUUAUAUAAAAUCCCAAUUAAACACAUUCAAUUUUUGUAGUUGUAGUUUGAAAAACAUUUGAAAAAGUUCACAUAAACACUUUUGCGAGAAAAGUUUGUUUUACAAAUAUAUGCCUUUAAUUUGGAAUUUUACAGCGAUAAUUUAGGUUAAACUUUAUGUAGUUUCACAUCCUACCAUUAGGUGGCAGCAUACUCUAUUUUAAGGCAAUACUGCAGUUUCAGUGUUGAGAAGAACAGUAGACAACUUGCCUCCUCUGGGCUUGGAUGCUUUUAGGUUGAUGUUGGAUUUAUUGUUACUGUAUUGACUUGACCAAUUACAAUACAAUGAUUCUUUUCUUUUAUAUCAGCUUCGAUUUUUUUCUACUUUCAGGUAAAAUACUUUCUAAAUUUUGCUACAGAUAUUUUACGUUCUGUGCUGUAACGUUUAAAGACCUUUCAGCUUAAGGUUUCCGUCUAUCUGUCUGGUUUUGUUCUCCCAGGUUCGUCUCUCAGUGACCAGGUCUACCAGGUUCCUGAUCACAUCCUUGGAAAGCCGGGGGAAUCUGCCAUCAUACAAUGUUCACACACUAUUCCGAACUACGACCGGGUCCUCUGGUACAAACAGUCGACCCAGCUCCAGUUCCUGGGACACAUGUACAAAAACAUGGAUAAUCCCGAAGCCGGGCUGGGUGUGAAGCUGGGUGGGAACGCAGAAAAAGACCAGAACUGCACAUUAACGCUCGAAGUCCUCAACCCAAACAGCAGCGGGGUUUACUUCUGUGCCGCUCGCUACCACAGUGCUCCAACUUACUGCUCCUCAGGGAGGAUCUUCUUGAAGCAACACAGUAUUUAACCUCCCUCAGAAAUUCAGUGCAGCAUCCUUAGACCACAUCAAUAGAAGCUGACAGAUGUAAUUCAAAAUGAUAUCUCAAGUUCUCAUCAUAUUUAUACUCUUUUUUUCAAAGAAGCAAGUUCACUGCCAGGACGUCAUCCAGGAUCCAACAAUCAGCUGGAGUUUUAAGUCCAAGUCCGCAGAAAUGAAAUGCAGCCACAAAAAUCUUAUCACUCAUACCCAGAUGUACUGGUACCGACAGCGACCAGGGGAGACCAUGACUCUCAUUGUGUACACGGCGUUCGGUGGGCAGCCAGACUACGGAGAGAACCUGCAGAGCAAAUACUCAGCAGUCAAAGACUCCAUAGAGGCCGGAGCUCUGACUGUGAAGGACCUGCAGCCUGAUGACAGCGGCAUUUAUUUCUGUGCUGUCAGCAAACACAGUGAUGUGAGGAAAUACAACAGCUGAACAAAAACCGACUGCCAAUACAACAGUUAAUAGGAAACCCACAUCUGCACUACUGUGACUCUCCAGUAGGUGGCAGUGAGGCUCAAUAAAUGAUACAAGAAGCAUUGAGACUUUUACAAACAUACAAACUCUCAACAGAAAGGGUUUCCGAUGGAUUUGAACCAACAUUUUCAGCUAUAAACAGCCUCAACUAUUCAGGAAAGGUUUGGGGAAUGUUUGUGAUCAGUCUCUAAUGUUGGAACAGAAAGGUUGCUGCUUCCGCUCCAAUUUAUCCCAAAGGUGCUCCACCACUCUAAGUUUAAGUUCAAGUUCAAUGUUUGCAGAAGAAAUUUGCAACACGCAGUAUUUUUAUCCUAUUUUUAC